AAAAUGAGAAAUCACACAAUGGUGACUGAAUUCAUCCUGCUGGGAAUCCCUGAGACAAAGGGACUUGAGACAGUACUUUUUUUCCUCUUCUCAUCAUUAUAUUUAUGUACCCUCUUGGGGAAUGUGCUCAUCCUUACAACCAUCCUCUCUUCCCCUCUGCUUCACUCUCCUAUGUAUUUUUUCUUGGGUAACCUCUCAGUGUUUGACAUGGGUUUCUCCUCAACCACUGCUCCCAAGAUGCUAUUGUAUCUCUCAGGACCAAAUCAGAUUAUCUCUUUUCAGGGCUGUGUGUCCCAACUCUUCUUCUAUCACUUCUUGGGGUGCACCGAGUGUUUUCUAUAUACUGUGAUGGCCUAUGACCGCUUUGUGGCUAUAUGUAAACCUUUGAGAUAUAUGGUCAUCAUGAACUACAGAGUUUGUUCUGUCUUGGCCAUUGUGACUUGGGUGGGUGGCUGUGUCCAUGCUAUCAUUCUAACUUCCCUCAUCUUCCAGUUACCCUAUUGUGGCUCUAAUGAGGUAAGGUACUACUUCUGUGACAUCCCUGCAGUCUUAUUGCUAGCCUGUGAAGAUACAUCUCUAGUUCAAAGGGUAGGCUUUACCAAUGUUGGUCUUUUGUCUCUUGUUUGCUUUUUCCUUAUCCUUGUCUCCUACACUCGCAUUGGGAUUUCAAUUUCAAAAAUCCACUCAGCCAAGGGCAGACAUAGAGCCCUCUCCACCUGCAGCGCCCACAUUACAGCCAUCUUUUGUGCUUAUGGGCCAGUCAUCAUCAUCUACCUACAGCCCAAUCCCAGCCCCAUGCUUGGUGCUAUAAUGCAGAUACUGAAUAAUCUGGUAGCCCCCAUGUUGAAUCCACUGAUCUAUAGUCUGAGAAAUAAGGAUGUAAAAUUAGCAUUGAGGAAUAUAUUUUCCAAGAGAAACUUUGCACUGGAGAAAAAAAUAAGAAAACCUUAA